GCAAUUUUAACAAUGGUUUUUAUUAUUGUAGUAGAGUUGUUUGAUACUUUAGAAAUAAUAUGUGCUCGUUGGUUUAGUACAUGUUUAAUAAGGUGUGUUGUGAGAGAGUAGUUGGAAAGUCAGAACAUAGGGUCAUUGUGCAUUUUUCCUCUGAUUCAUUUCAUAGCUUGCGCAAAAUGCUUCCUAGAUGGAGUAAAGCUGUUAUUCAUUUAAGUAGGAUGAACUCCGGGAGGAACAUGGAAAUGGGGAAAUUGUUUUUCUGUUUGCAAAAUCCAGGGUUUUCAAAGUUUACGGCGGAGGCAGCUGAACCAGUCACUGACAAUCCCACCCAGAAAAGCUUUGGCAUUAAAAAUGAGGUAAAUCUAAACAAGAUGUUUUGGUCUAAACCAUCAUCAUUAGAAUUGCCCUCUGACUCACCACAAAGAAUAGAAGAGCCUCAGUAUGAGGGAAUCAAGCGUUUUAUCCUCAAACUGAUGAUGUUUUACAGUAAGCAAAGUACAGCCAUUCGAGGGGCAAAUGCUAUCUAUCACCGCAUUACUUGUCAAGUUGAUAGACCCGCUAUAUAUGAUGUAUUUUGCUUGGAGAAGACAUUUCGAACAACAUUCUCUGUGCUUGUUCUUCAUAUGUGGCUAUGCUUGCGCCGCUUGAAAGAAGAUGGAAAGGAGGGUUCUGAGCUGGGACAAUAUUUGUAUGAGAGAUACAAUCAUGAUCUAGAACUGAGAGUUUCUAAGGCUGGGGUUAACUUGCUGUUGAGUAAAUGGAUGAAGGAAUUGGAGAAAAUUUUUUAUGGCAACAUUGUUGCUUAUGAUGCUGCCAUUCUUCCUGAGGCAAAGCCAGAUGAGUUGCAAAAUGUGAUUUGGAGGAAUGUGUUCUCGGAUGAUGGCACUUUAACUCCGAAUGAUCCUGCCUUGCUUCCUGUCCAGGCUAUGUCACGCUAUGUUCACCGAGAAACCAAGUGUCUCUCACUGACCGAUAAAGCUGCUGUCUUUUCUGGGAACUUCAUGUUCACCUCUUUGGAAGAAAAACCGGUCGGUUUCGCAAGCAAGUAGCGUACGAGAUGAGAUUAUUCUGCUCGUGAUACAUAUUUAUUCCAGCUCGUUAGAGUUUUGUGAUGACGACGAUGGUCGAAGCAAUUUACUGAAUGCUUGGGGAGAAAAUUUAAGGUUCUUCCUUGGGAUUUAAUUUCAUUUUUAAAAGAUGUUUGAUUCUGAGUUCUCAUGAUUAGUGGGGUUUGAUAGGAAUAAUUAGUUGGCUUCAUA